GCGCGGGCGCUGAGGCCUCGGCGGGGCGGCGAUGGACGCCUCGCAUGGAGCGGCGGGGCUGGCGGCCUCCAGCCACCAAACCCCGAUAAACCCCAACAGCGGGGUGCGGGUCGCCCGGUACAGAAGGGAAGACCUCAUAGAGGCCCUGGAGGCGGCGGCGGCGGCCUUGGAGGAGGCGGAGCAGGAGAAGACGGUGCCGUCGGCGCGGGCGUCGGCUGAUUUUAACACCAGCUUUUCUGGGAUGGAUGAACGUACACCUAUGAGCCUUGAGGACAUGGUGAACUUUUCUGAUAUAUACCAUUCUAAUGCAGAGUAUUUCAGGAAACUAGAAGAGCUGAAGGCUGCCCAUGUGGAAACUAUGGCAAAGUUAGAGAAAAUGUACCAGAAUAAAUUAAAUUUAAAGGGCGUUCAGCCAGUGAUCAUCAGGGAGAAUGCUCCUAGUGUCUCUUCCAGGCCUGUGUCUUUAGUGCCGUCGCUUUCAGAGCCUGAUUUAGGACAGUCUUCUUCCUUGUAUGCAUCUUCCUCUGAGGAUGAGUUGUCCAGCCUAGAAAAAGGUCACCCUGGGAAAAGCAGGAUGGUGACCUACGCCACGGAGCUCAUCAACAACAUGUGGAAAAACUUUUCUGUUGAAGAUUAUAUUCAGUCUGAUGAUACUGACAUCCCAUCAGUUGAAAAAAUAAGGAAGAAACCAAAAGAAUGGGUACCAAAGAUUACAGUACCUGAGCCUUUUCAGAUGAUGAUUAGAGAGCAGAAGAAGAAAGACGAGAACAUGAAAUCUAAGUCAGAUAUUGAAACGGUACGCCAACUGUUGAAAAAGCAAGAAGAAGAUGCAGAGUGUCGGAAGAAAUUCCGAGCCAACCCUGUUCCUGCCUAUGUCUUUCUUCCCCUUUAUCACGAUAUAGUCAAGCAAAGUGAAGAACGGAGGAGAGCUGCGAAAGAGAGGAGCAAGGAAGCUCUUUUGGCCUCACAAAAGCCAUUUAAGUUCAUUGCAAGGGAGGAACAGAAGCAAGCAGCCCGGGAAAAGCUAAGAGACUUUUUUAAGCCUAAAAAGAAAACCAAUCGGUUUAAAGCCAGGCCUGUACCUCGAUCUACUUACGGUCCUGCCAGUGACAGAGCAAAAGAAGAAGCGUUCCUCAGGAGCAUUCGGACGCAGCUGAGGGCCCGGGAGCUUCCGCAGACCUCGUCCCUGCAGCCAUCCGGGCCAGCUCACAGAAGCCUGGCUACAGGGAAACCCAAGUGUCCUGAAAAGGUCAAGUGUAAGCACAAGGUCAGAUGCCACACUCCUGGUGUUGAAAACCUUCCUGAGAAAGGUCAGAAACACCUCGUAGAAGACAAGUGUUCAAAACUCUUAACAGCCUGUGAACCAUUGGAUCUUCAUGCAUCCUCAUCCUCUAGAAGAGAGAAAGUUUUGGCAGAUAUUAAAGCAGACGAAGAAAAUUUAAAAGAAACGCGUUGGCCUUAUCUGUCUCCAAGGCACAAGUCACCAGUAAGAAGUGCAAGUUCAAAGCCUGUGCCUUGUAACUGCAACCCUCCAAGGCCCACCGUGUCUUCCAGAGAAAGAGAACAAGCCAUCAGGCGAUCACUUGAGGAAAAGAAAGUGUUGGAAGAAGAAAGAAAUCGGAUCCUAAAUAAGCAGAAGCAAAGAUUGAAAGAAUUGCAGAAACUGCUGACAACCCGGGCUAAGGCUUAUGACUCACAUGAAAGUUUAGCUCAAAUGUCUAAAUCCAGAGUAAAAUCUCUCAGAAGGAGUGAAAAGGAAAGGAUGAGAGAAUACCGACAAGAACUAGAAGAAAGAGAAGAAAAAUUAAAAAAGAGGCCUCUACUAUUUGAAAGAGUUGCUCAGAAAAACGCAGGAAUAGCAGCAGAAAAGCAUUACUCUGACACCCUAAAAGCACUAGGAAUAUGUGAUGAGUUUGUUUCAAAGAAAGCCCAAAGUGGAGAAACAUUUGAGUACUUCAGCCAUCCAGAGACGAGCAGUUCCACUGAAGAGCAAGAAAGCCUUAAUGAAGAAAAGAUAGAAGAAAGAGAGGAUGGGGAAGAAAAUUGUAUUAUUGAUACCAACAGCCAGGAUUCUUGCAAGGAAAAAGAUGAAAUCAGUGAAGAAAGUGGAGAAGAGAGUUCUGUUGAAGAAUAAAACUUUAUCAGCAAGGCCUGCCCCCCUAGGCCCUGGCUGUGGUUGCAGAUCCGGUCGUCUACCAGCAGCUGCACUGUGGUGUUCAGGCUUCUGUGGAAACACUGGAAUGUGUGCAGGGCUGUUGGGCAAAGUCGCCUGUAGCUGAAAAGGCUUACUCCACCUGACUGGUCAUUUGGUCAGUUAGAGUAAGGCAUGCCCAUUCAUUUUUUCUAAUCAUUACAUGUGGUCUGUUUGCAACUUUGAGCUUUCUUGUGUUUUUAAAAAGUGUUUGAGAAUCACAGCUGUCACAAACGGAUUAGUUGUAAAAAUAUAUAAAAGCGUUUCAUUAUUUUGGGUAAAAUAAAACUGCUUAGUAUUGAGAGCAGAGAGUAAUGGUGUUUGGUGAUUUGCUUGAAAAGAUUUUUCCAGAAAACACGAAUCAAUAAAUACUUUUUAAACUAUACUGUUUGCCCGCUUUUUUUUCUCUGAAAUGCAUCUCACAGAGUGAAUCCUCAAACUUAUUUUCCUAGGUUUUUUAAAGUUUCUUAUCUGAACCAUUAAAAAAUAAUAAAAUUGAGUAAAAACAAGAUACUUAGAGAUUUACGUUUAUUUCUGCACUAAGUGUGCACUCUUAAAAUGUCCACGCCAUCAUCACUUUUUCUUUUUAUCCCUAGUUUUAGUCCAAAUUAUCUUUGAUAUGUAACUAAUUAGGAAAGUUUUUAUACUAGUAUCUUUUAACCCUGUGUAUUAUGACAGAUGAAAAUAAUUAUGGCAUCUGUGAGUUAUAAUCUUAGAGAGAAAUGGCCACCCUGCUUUAAAGAUGGUGAAAUUGUGCAAGUCUGUGAUGUAACUCUGUUUAGCUCGCUAAUCCUAGACCCAGUUGUGACAGCUCUUUAUAUAUUUUUGCAAAUAUUUUUUGCCUCACUGCAGGAUGUUUUAUUGAUUUUUAUGGAUCUACCAUUUUCCCUCUUUAAGCAAAUUAAAAAAAAAUUCAUACCAAUCAUAAAGAUGUCAUAUGGUAAGACAUUUUACUUUCUAAAAACAACCAGCAUCCUUUAGAGAGAAAGAACUGAUAUGGGUGUGUAUAAUAGUUUUUCCCAACUGGCAGUUUACAGAUACGCUCUAAAUGAAGAAAUAAGGUGAUUUUUCUUAUUCAAGGCAAAUGUUUACUUGUAAUUCCUUUGCUACAGAUUGUGUUAAACAACUUGUCAUUCUCAUGAGAUUGUAAACUUCUUGGGAGUUGGCACCAUUUUAAAAUUGAUCUUUGUAUUCCCUUAAUAUUUAGCACAGGAUUGUGCGUAUGGUGGGUACUGAACAAAGGUGUGAGUGAGUAGAUGAAUAUGGUUUUUAAUUGUACUUACAGUUACUUCAAACAGAGUACACAUGAUAUUAAAAACAUUUAUUUUCCAAAUUACUGAGAACUCAGUAGCUCAGCUAUAUGUUAGAACAAAAACAGGUGAAAUACAACACACACGUUGUCAUAUUUGAAACGUGCCCUGAUUCCAAGUGUUCACUGCACACUGUCCCUUCCCAGUCUCAUGGGGCUGUGUGGGCUUUGGUCACACAAGAUGGACUCCAGGACCUAGCUUCAAUUUUCUUAUUUUUAAAAUUGGGGAUAAUACCUAUCUUGAAUGGCUGUAGGAAGGAUUGGAUAAGAAAAUGGGUGGAAAAGGUCUUGGUAAACUGUGCUGUUUAAUCGAUAAUGUCAGGGCAGAAAUUUCCUGCAAAGCUUUUAACUUUAAACAUACUUUUAUUUAAAUGAGAGAGAGGAGUGGUUUAAACACAGUAUUUUGUUAGAAAUAAUUUUGGAACCAUUUUUAAGACCAAUCUUAAAAAAAGACAUGGACAAUUUCACAUUCUGUAGAAUCUUUUAUUUUUUUUAGAAAGCAGUUAAAUUGACCUCUGAAAGAUGACUUAUAGUGUGUGGCAUUACACUGAUGAUUAAAAGUCUGUUAUAAAGUUAAAUCAAAUGUUUUGAAGUUUUUGUACGUGCACACUACCUGAAUUAGCUCUACAUGUCUUUUUACUUGUGAGAUUGUCCAUUAUACAUGGUCAGCCUAACAUUAACAAGAAGGUUAUGCUCUUUUUUCCUCAAAGAAAAUUUCUACUAGGUUAUCUAGUGACUUCGUCCUUAGAUAUUUCUUCAGGAGAAAUAGUCUAGGUAUUGGAAGGUUAAGUGAUGUAUCUGUAUAUACACACACAUAUACAUACACACAUACAUAUACACACAUGCACACACAUACGUAUAUACACACGCACACAUACAUAUACACAUGCAUACGUAUAUACAUACAUACAUAUACACAUACACAUGUACAUGCAUACAUAUACACACAUGCACACAUAUACAUACACACGUAUAUACAUACACACAUACAUAUAUUUACAUAUUAGAACAUAUUACAUACAUAUUAGAACGUUGUCCAGCUUGCUUGCUUUGGACACAUCAUCAGGAAGGAUCGGCUGCUAGAGGAGGACGUGAUGUUGGUGAAGCAGAGGGACAGCAAGGGCAAGGGAGACCCUUGGGGAGAGGCAUUGACGCUGUAGCCACAACCGUGGUUUAGAACAUUCCGGCGAUCGUGAGGAUGAUAAGGUCAUGAUGAGCCUGAGUCAACUCAACAGCAGCUAACAAUAACGUAUAUACACGUACACCCAGGUAUACAUAGAUCAAUUGACUGGUCGACUGGUAGAUGUAUAUAUGACAAGGAGUGGCUGGUAGAUUCAAACUGCCAACCUUUUGGUUCGCAGCCCAAUGCUUAACUACUGGGCUCCAAUAUUAAAAAUUAUUCUUUCACUUCAUUUAUUUACAUAAUAAGUAUGGCUCUAACUACAUCACGUGUUUUUCUCACGGACAAUACUGCUCAAGAUAAUUCUAGUAAUUUGAGAGUAGCAAAGAUUUCAACAUUUGGACCUAGGCAAUAAAAACCAUUAAUCUUAAAAAAUUAUCUUCCUGCACAUGUAUGCAUGUUUUUAGCGGUGGUCUUAGAAGGAAAUGACCAAGUUCUUGUUAAAUGAAAUUUUUAUCAAUGUCUCAUGUAAAUAAAGUGAUUACUUUGUCUUAAGCUUUCUA